GUAGUGUAUGCAGACAUAGGCAUAAAACGGGGAUGAAGAAGUUCCUGAAACCAAUCUUAAAGCCACCACCACCUUGUUCCUUGCCACCAGUUUCUCCGAUCCCGAACCCUCCUCUUCCAGCACCACCACCAGAAUCACACACAGAUACAUGUGUUUCCCCUCUUCCUACUCUUACGCUCUCUCCCAACCCCAACUACGAUCAUCUCCUUCACUUCCUCAAGACCCAUAUUGCCCCUCCUUUCACCCCAAACACCCUUCUCCACUUCCUCAAAUCGAAGCUCCACCACCACCCUUCUUUCACCCACUACGACUUUCACAUCUUCAAUUGGGCCUCUUCCAUCGACUCCUUCCGCCACAACCACUCCACCUUCGAAUGGAUGGCUCGCACCCUCGCCGUCACCAACCGCCUCCGCCACCUCCGUGAUCUUCUCCUCUUCAUCGCCUCCAACCCUUGCCCCUGCUCCGACGGUAUUUUCUCUUGCCCUCGAGCUGAACCCAUUUUCCGCUUUGCCAUUCACGCUUACUCUAAAGCUGGGAAAUUAGAUGAUGCUAUCUUUUCCUUUCACACUAUGCGUAGAUUGAUUGAUGGUAGGCCUAAUGUCGCUGUUUGCAAUAUUUUGAUUCAUGGGUUUGUCAAAUGUGGUAGGCAUGAUAGAGCUCUGGAGUUUUAUGAUGAGAUGGUUAGAGAUAGGGUUAAGCCUGAUGUCUUUACCUUUAACAUUUUGAUCAGUAGUUAUUGUCGGAAUUCGCAGUUUGGGUUGGCAUUGGAGCUUUUUAAGGAGAUGAGGAAAAUGGGGUGCCAUCCGAAUGUGGUUACUUUUAAUACAUUGAUUAAGGGAAUGUUUAGGGAGCGCAAGAUUGAUGAAGGGAUUGAGAUGGCUCACGAGAUGAUCGAAUUGGGGUGUCACCUUUCGAAUGUGACUUGCGAGAUUUUGGUGAGUGGACUUUGUAAGGAAGGAAGGGUUUUGCAGGCUUGUGACCUAUUAGUUGACUUCUCCAAAAGAGGGGUUUUGCCUAAAGGGUAUGAUUAUUUUGUUUUGGUGGAAGUUUUGUGUGGGAAAGGAAAUGCUAUUAGAGCCUUGGAGCUUAUUCAUGAGUUAUGGAACAAAGGAAGUGUUCCAAGCUUGAUUGCUUGUAUUAUGAUGAUUGAUGGUUUGAGAGGAUUGGGGAAGACCGAAGAAGCUCGGAGUUUGGUGGAAAAAAUGCUUAAAGAGGGUAUUGUACUGGAUAUAGUGACUUUCAAUUGUGUCCUUCAAGAUAUUUGCAAUUUGCGAAGGACAGAAGAUGCAAAUAAAUUGAGAUUACUUGCUUCAAGCAAGGGUUUGGAACCAGAUGGCAUGACAUAUAAAAUUUUGGUUACUGGCUAUACAGGAGAGGGCAGCCGGAAGGAAGGAGAGUUAGUGGUAAAUGAAAUGUUGGAUAUGGGGUUUAUACCUGAUCUUGCUUCAUAUAAUAAAUUGAUGAAUGGAUUAUUUAAUUUCCGACCAUCAAGUCAACAAACUUGAGAGCUGAAAAUACGAACUUUUAAGAUUUAACUUGGUUUUCAAUUAUAACCUCUGCAUGAGCUAAGUUGAUCGUGGAAUGAUUGAGAACUGAACCCUUAAAGAAUUUUGAUUAAUAAGAGUUGUCUUACUCGAAGAUGAAGGUUGUGUGCAAGUCAACUUUGGGGUUCUAGGGAGGUCCUAUUGCACCUAAGAGGGAACCAGAAAUGGGUAUGUGGGGAUCGAACAUCCCUACUACAUAACCACAGCCUGUUCAUAAAAACCAGGAGAGAUAUCAUUUGAGCUAUGCUCCACGGCCCACGCGUUGUUUUAUGGUCUUUAUUUACAAAAGGAAUGCUGAAGUUCAAAAGUCAAACCAAGCUAGGCGGCUGUGUUGUUGAGAAUUUGGAUAAAUGAAGUACCUUUACUGAUGCUGAAGGUAUCCAUAUUCAUGCUUUAUAUGUAUUUUUUUGUAUGGUCAAUUUAAUGACUACUGUGUCAAAUUUUGAAGACAUAGUUUCAUAAAAUAUUCAACAGUUCUCAGUUGUAUU